UGGGCGUCUGAUGUUAGGAUAGGGGAUUGUACAAUUGUGACGGGCUCUGGAGCUGGUCAAAAGUUUGCUGUGUGGUCCAUCAAUAUAGAGACGUCAAAAGGCGGGCAUAUCCAUUUAUUGAAAAGGUAUAGUGAAUUUGAUGAAUUGAGGAAUAAAUUGGUUCAAAGUUAUCCAGAUCAUAUCACAGAAAUACCCAAACUUCCUCCAAAGAAGGCCUUCGGGAAUUUAAAGAAUGACUUCUUGGUGAAAAGAAGGAAAGGAUUGGAAUUUUUUAUUAGUUGUGUCUUGUUGAAUCCUGUGCUCUCAAAUAGUGAUAUUGUGAAACGUUUU